GUCCUCGCUCGCUCCCUGCGCAGCGGAAACAUGGCGGCGGGAAGGGAGUGAGCCGCCCCGUGCCCCGCGCCGCCGCGCCCGCAGAUGGAGAAAAUAACAUACGGAGAAAUUGGCUUGUCAGAAGUCAGAGCAAGAUAUUGGUGGAUCCAGGGAUAAAUCCCAAACCUCAUAACUCCUUAAGCAGUCUUUAGUUCAUUGAUUAUGCAGCCUAGUGGAAAGUUCAUUGCCAGAAAGUCUCUGACAUCUGCUUCCCUGCAAUAAAUGCUUUUUCAAAUACCUCCAAUCAAAAGAUGACGUUUUGUGAAACCCCUGUAAUAAACUGGAAUGAUGUUAGAAAAUACAAAUAUGGUCACCUAUCAGAGUCUGCAUCCCAAUAUCAAGAAACUGGUGACAUCCUGGAGCUAGGUCAUUUUACCUGGGACAAAUACCUAAAAGAAACAUGUUCAGUCCCAGCGCCUGUCCAUUGCUUCAAGCAGUCCUUCACACCUCCAAGCAACGAGUUCAAGAUCAGCAUGAAAUUGGAAGCACAGGACCCCAGGAACACCACAUCCACAUGUAUUGCCACAGUAGUUGGACUGACAGGUGCCCGCCUCCGCCUGCGCCUUGAUGGUAGUGACAACAAGAACGACUUCUGGCGGCUGGUUGACUCAGCUGAAAUCCAGCCUGUUGGAAACUGUGAGAAGAAUGGGGGUAUGCUACAGCCACCUCUGGGAUUUCGGCUGAAUGCCUCCUCUUGGCCCAUGUUCCUUUUGAAGACGCUAAAUGGAGCAGAGAUGGCUCCCAUCAGGAUUUUCCACAAGGAGCCACCAUCACCUUCCCACAACUUCUUCAAAAUGGGAAUGAAGCUGGAAGCUGUAGACAGGAAGAAUCCUCAUUUCAUUUGUCCAGCCACUAUAGGGGAGGUUCGGGGCUCAGAGGUGCUUGUCACUUUUGAUGGGUGGCGAGGAGCCUUUGAUUACUGGUGCCGCUUCGACUCCCGGGACAUCUUUCCUGUGGGCUGGUGUUCUUUGACUGGAGACAACCUACAGCCUCCUGGCACCAAAGUUGUGAUUCCAAAGAAUCCCUUCCCUGCGUCUGAUGUGAACACUGAGAAGCCCAGCAUCCACAGCAGCACCAAAACUGUCUUGGAGCAUCAACCAGGGCAGAGGGGGCGUAAACCAGGAAAGAAGCGGGGUCGAACACCCAAGACCCUUAUUUCCCAUCCCAUCUCUACCCCAUCCAAGUCAGCUGAAUCUUUGAAAUUCCCAAAGAAGAGGGGUCCCAAACCUGGCAGUAAGAGGAAACCUCGGACUUUGCUGAGCCCACCACCCACCUCACCAACAACCAGCACCCCUGAACCGGAUACCAGCACUGUUCCCCAAGAUGCUGCCACCAUCCCCAGCUCAGCCAUGCAGGCCCCCACAGUUUGUAUCUACUUGAACAAGAAUGGCAGCCCAGGCCCUCACUUAGAUAAGAAGAAGAUCCAACAGCUCCCUGACCAUUUUGGGCCAGCCCGUGCCUCUGUGGUAUUGCAGCAGGCUGUCCAGGCAUGCAUCGACUGUGCUUAUCACCAGAAAACUGUCUUCAGCUUCCUCAAACAGGGCCACGGUGGUGAGGUCAUCUCAGCCGUGUUUGACCGAGAACAGCACACCCUCAACCUCCCAGCAGUCAACAGCAUCACCUAUGUCCUCCGCUUCCUGGAGAAGCUCUGCCACAACCUUCAUAGUGACAAUCUGUUUGGCAACCAGCCCUUUGCACAGACUCACUUAUCACUCACUGCCACAGAGUACAGCCACAGCCACGACAGGUACCUACCAGGUGAAACCUUUGUCUUGGGGAAUAGUCUGGCCCGGUCCUUGGCACCACACACAGACUCAAUGGACUCUACGUUGAAUCCUACCAACCUUGUCAGUACCUCCCAGAAUCUUCGAACUUCUGGGUACCGGCCCUUGCUUCCCUCCUGCGGCCUCCCACAGAGCACUGCCUCAGCUGUGCGCAGGCUAUGCUCCAGGGGAGUGUUAAAAGGAUCAAAUGAAAGAAGGGGUAUGGAAUCAUUUUGGAAACUAAAUCAUUCCCCAGGGUCUGACCGAUACCUGGAAAGCCGGGAAGCCUCUCGACUGAGUAGCCGGGACCCCUCCUCAUGGACAGUCGAGGACGUGAUGCAGUUUGUCCGGGAAGCUGAUCCUCAGCUUGGACCCCAUGCUGACCUCUUUCGAAAACAUUUCUCAGUGCCCGUGCUCGCCUGCCUGCUGCGGGAUACCCUGGAGCGACUUGAGUUGCGGAUCCCACGGGAGCACAUCGAGGUGGUGAGGCGGCCACGGAAUGCCUAUGCGUUCGUGCGGGUGGCCACCAACAAGGAUGUCCUGGCCUCCCUACCCUGGCGCCUGCAGAUGGCCAUGGAGGAGAAGCUGAUCCUCAAAGAGCUGACAGCCCGGGGGAAGGAGCUGGUAUUGAGUGAGGCCCGGGAGCCACUAAUCUAUAGAGAGGAGGAGGACAGUGGCCCAAGCCGAGGCCCCAGCCCUGGCCCCAGCCCUGGUCCCAGCCCGGGUCUCAGCCAUGGCUCCAGUCUCCCCAUGCCAACAGGACCUGCAGACUCCUCAUCUAGGUGGCACUGCACCCAUCAGUGGCAGAUUUCCCAGAACCGGCCCAGCGGCGUGCGCUCUGACAGCGCCAUUGUGCACCAGGAGAUCCUGGGCCAGGAGCACCUCUUCCAGGGCACUUUCCUGGGCAACGAGACACGAAACAUGGAGUUCAAGCGGGGCGGUGGCGAGUACUUGAGCCUCGCCUUCAAGCACCACGUGCGGCGCUAUGUAUGCGCCUUCCUCAACAGUGAAGGAGGCAGCCUGCUAGUGGGCGUGGAGGACAGCGGCCUGGUGCAGGGCAUCCGCUGCACCCACCGCGAUGAGGACAGAGCGCGCCUGCUGGUGGACUCCAUCCUGCAGAGCUUCAAGCCCCAGGUCUUUCCCAGCGCCUACACCCUCACCUUCAUCCCUGUCAUCAGUGCCUCCACCACCAAUGUGCCUCUCAAGGUGCUCCGUCUGACUGUGCACAACCCCAAGACCCAAGGGGAGCCCCAGCUGUACGAGACAGACCAGGGGGAGGUGUUCCUGCGGCGGGACGGGAGCAUCCAGGGGCCACUGUCCGUCAGCGCCAUCCAGGAGUGGUACAGGCAGAAGUGGACAACAGAGCUGAGCAAGCUGGAGGAGAAGGUGAAGGUGCUGACGGUGGAAAAGGAGCAGCUCCAGCAGCAGCUGAGGCAACAGCGGCCUGUGUCCUGCACCUGCUGUGUCCUGUAAGGGCCCCACGGGCCGCUGCACAGUGCCAAGCUGCACAGGUGACCCCUUGAUGCAAGGAGUGUUUCCCAACCCCAGGACCAGGAGAUGCAGCCAGAGGUGCAAUUUUAAAAUCAUACUUCAGAGACACCAACUUCUUGCUGCAUCAUGUGACACCAAACUGACUGUCCCUUUGGAGGACAAGGACCAGCCACAGUUGGCACCAAGAGCUUCCACAACUCAAAGCAACACUGAGGCCUCAGCUCUGGCUUCACUGCUUUUGGUGACAGGCGGUGCAGGAGGUCACCAGCACCCCACAGGGGAAGCACCGGCUUCAGUGAUCCUCCCUACAGUGAUCCUCCCAUGUCUGGUCCAGCCACCUGCACUGAGCAACGGCCUGGGCACCCAAAGGAAGCAACAGGCAAGACGCUCGAAUCCACAAUGACACGAGGUAGUUGGAGAAACAAGGUGGUGGACAGGCCUCCAUCAGCCCCUGCUGUCAGCACCCAUCUCAAUGUGGGCUUCUCAUCUCACAACCUCCUGACCUACACGGGAAAGGCCAAGCAGCAGGCGGGCCCGGAAACAGUGUACAUGAUGCGACAUGCCAAUGACAGUUUUCCAAAUACCUUUCUCCCCGUAAUAAAAUAAUCUUAAUAAAAACAUAAUUUAAAGGAA